CAGCUGCAAACAAAAACAAUAAAGAACGGAAUCUGAGGCGUCAACCUGAGUUUAAGGGAUUGAAUUAUGGACAAAGAUAAGCAAAUUGUUCCCAAUCAAAUUGGUUAUUUGAUUCUUAAGGAUGAUGGCGCAGUGCUGGAAUCAGGUGGUGACUUAAAAAACGAUGAACGCAGCGCAAAUGUUAUAAUGGGCCUGUUAAAUCUAACCGAGAGCAUUGAUGACAACUUUAUAGCUAACAGUAGUUGUGAGCGAAUUACCAUUGAUUACGAGCACCACAGUUACAGCAUAUGCAUGUCGAAUCGUCAUAUUUAUAUUGUUAAAUUUAGUAAAGGUCAAAAUGGAGCAACAACCAGCUCGUCGUCGUCUACGAGCGUUUAUAUUGAUGCCAACAAUGAGCUGACGACGAAUAGUGGCACGGUGCUGGCUUGAAAGGAACAACCACAGAGGCACCUCAGCCCCUGCUGCGGCCUCUGCUGGCAACCAGUAACGAGGAACAACAGCAGCACCACCACCAAAUACAAUUGGAAAACGCCAUUCAUUUAUCUGUUAUUACUUUUUAUUUGUCAAAAAAUACAUCAUCUGUGAGCUCCUGUUCAAAUAUACGCUUUGCCUCCUGUGUCACAU